AUGCCUCCGGCGAAGAAACAGAAGACCGCGCGCGAUUCCGGCGUCUUCCUAGAAGAUUCGGGCAGCGAGAGCUCGGAUUCCGCCUUCGAGUCGGUGCGCCCCAACAAGAACGACAAGCAGAAGAAAAAUAAGCAGAACAGCAGCACGGGCAAGCCCGCUGAUCCAGCACCUUACGAUUACGUUUGCAUACCGCAUCCUUUCUUCGACAUUGAAGGCCGGAAUUAUCUGAACUGGACAUUGGACCCGGACGCCUUCAUUUCCUCAAAAUCCGAGAUCUUCAGCAAGCUCUACAAGCCCAUCGACGAUCAAUUCAGAAAAGAUGGCCUCUUUAAAGCACCGGCGAGCAAACAUCCGGAGCACAAAUGGGUCAUGUUGUGGGAUGCGUGGCUCAAGGCGGAUCUACUAGGAAGGAAGGCGAAGUACUGCGACCCAGACGCUUUUGAGAUGAACUUGUAUACAGACUGGCAAGGAUGGGGAAUGCAAGAAAUUAUGGAGAAUAUGAUGGUCGAAUUCAAUCAAGGCUUCCAUGCCAAGAAGGACCGGAUCGAGAAAAUGUGGUCGGUCAUCAGCGCAGUAGGACUGUGGCUGAAUGAAAACGAGCACAUCACGGCGCUCAUCAACAACGAAGACGGCGACACAACCUGCGAAAUGAUCGGCUUAAUGGGCUGCGCACUACUCACCGUGCUUGCGGCCAUUGAAAUAGCAGGCGAGCUCAAGCCAGAUUCCCGCUUCCUUGACUUGGCAAUCGUCAUUGCGUAUUAUCUAGAGCUAUCGCACGAUCUCCCUGCUUUCGGCAUCGAAGGGCAGUGUGUAUCAUGGCGCAAGGAAGCCGUCAAUUACUUCAAGAAGGGCAACCUCGACCCUGAGAAGGGAAUCUUUGCGACGAAACUCCGCCUGGACAAACUGGCAAAGGUCGGCGACGUCGAUGAUGACUUCGCGCACACCAACGGAGAGGUCGAGAAGAUCAUGACUGGGACAACGACUCUUGAGAAGAUUGAGGCUGAGAGGGCUGCUAAAGACUCUGCUGGCAGCUCGGCGGAGAACCCAGUCACAAUUCCAGAAGACGACGACGCCGAUAAAGAGAAUGCAAACCCGAAGGCCACAGGUGAGAAACAUGUCUCUCCGCCGCCAACAGGCAACGGCAAGAGGAAGAGGGGUCUGGACAAUGUCGAAAACAUAAGCAAUUCGAAACAAGCGGAUAAAGACCCAUGGCACUGGAACGACAAGUUUAACGCGUACAAAGACAAGCGUCAUCCCAAGAUGGGCGGUGAACACUACGAUAUUACCAAAAUGAGCAGGUCAGACCGAGCGGCUGCGUCGUUUACCGGCAAAGAUCCCCUUGCCGAUGUUCCAGUGAAGGAUCUACAAGCGAAUCUACUGGAUCUCAUUUGA